AUGAAAUUAUAUUAUUUAGAGAAGUUUGGUAUAGAGGAGUUUUACUGUACACAUGCUAUAUUGGGGAAGUACUGGUUGUACGCCACCCAACCCCUGGCCAAUUUAAAACUGAUACAAAUGAUGGCAACUGUGCGACCAUUUGAGUGUAUAAAUGUGAAAACAAUUACAGUUAUGUCCGAACAGUCCGUCCGUUUCUCCAAAAGUGAUUCCAAAAUCAUGACUGAAGUCUCCAAUAAUCCAAACAAUGAAGCGCCUCUCAAGAGUGGCGGCUCAUUGGAUGCUAAUGUAUACGCAACUAAAAAGACAAUUGCCCAGGGUAUGCUAGACGUCGCCCUCUUAACAGCUAAUGCCAGUCAAUUAAAAUAUUGUCUCCAAUUGGGCAAAAAGAGCCAAUUCUACUAUCUUAUGGUCACUUUAAUAAGCACUUCCAUUGUAUUACAGAUAGGAUUAGGUGCGGCUAUAGUAAUGAAGUCCAGAUACAACAUCAAUAAAGACCAUCACCACAGAACUGCUAUUAUGGCCACUCUAUUAAUUGGUGGAAUAUUCGUGAUGGUCGGUUACAUCAACUUUAAUGAUGAGCGCAGACAACGAAAUUUAAAUCUAAUGAAUAACUCGGCCACCAUUUUUAUAGGAUUAGGUGCGGCUAUAAUAAUGAAGUCCAGAUACAACAUCAAUAAAGACCAUCACCACAGAAGUGCAAACUUUGAUUCAAACGUCAAAUGCCUUAUAACGGGUUUAGCCUUAUACCCUAACGACUUGUAA